CCGUGCCUGUCACACAGCACACUGAGCCCGGCAGCCCGCUCUGCUUUAUAAAGCGCUAAAUUUACCAAACUUUACGUUGUUUCCUGAGCUCUCACAAUUGGCCAGGCGAUCUCCGCUUGGAGAGUUAUAAGGUCGGGGAGGACCUCCUACCACUUUUAAACUUGUGUUCAUGUGUUUGAAGCGCAGCUGUGGAGAGAGGGGGACACCGUGAAAGUACCUUAAACUCUGGCGCGGCUGCCGCUCCGCUUAACUUUAACCAAAAAAAAAWAAUAAGUUUUAGUGUUAUUUCACCCUAAACGAUGGCCUUGUCAGGAGUGAUGCUGCCCUCAUUUUCGACGUUCUCGAACCAAAGAGAAAAAAGCUGGGAAAAUAGGUGGAAAGGAGACAUGGACAAACUCCCACCUACAAGUUGCUCCAUGCUUGAACUGGUACAAACUCUGGACUGUCAGAGCAGAAAGGACGACGAGGAUCUGAGCGAUUUCUUGGAUCUGGAUUUUAUUCUCUCCAACACAACCGGAUCAGACAGCACGGUGGAAUACGUUGGCACAGCGGAUCCCAACAUGUACACGACAACCGGGAACUCCGUGCCGCAGUAUCCCGCCGAGGACCACCGCUCCCCGCCUCCUCCCUACGGUGCCAGCCUCAUGACGGAGCUGCUCCGCUCCGAUGGACCCGCCGGCUACGGCGUAACGCGCAACCCCGGCGUUCAGGGGAGAUUUUUCGUCAACACGGCGCCGUUCCCCCGCCCGGACAACAUCAAAAUAGAGCCAGCCAUGGACAGCUACGGCCCCGUUAUGGGCAUGGUCCCUCAGAGCUGCAGCAAGAUCAAGCAAGAGGGCAACGUUUCCUGCAUGAUGUCCUUCGAGCAGCCCCGGGUGGCCAUCUCCCCGCGGGCGGCCAGCAGCAUGACACCGCCGCUGAGCCCCGACGACCAGCAAGCCACGGACUGCCAGGCUCAGCUGUGCUUCCAGCAGAAAUACCACACGGCGGCGUCCUUCCAGCACCACCCGCAGGCUCCGCAGAUGCAGAUGCCCUACCACGCUCCGCACCCCGGCUUCGGGAUGUACGACGAGGGUCUCAGCCUGCAGCCCGCGGGCGCGCAGAGGGUGAUGCUCACACCGCCCUCGUCCCCGCUGGAGCUGCUGGAGUCCAAGCCCAAGAGAGGGAGGCGUACGUGGCCGCGGAAGCGCACGGCGACGCACACCUGCACGUUUGCCGGCUGCGGUAAAACCUACACCAAGAGUUCACACCUGAAGGCACAUCUGCGAACUCACACUGGUGAGAAGCCAUACCACUGCAGCUGGGAAGGCUGCGGGUGGAAGUUCGCCCGCUCCGACGAGCUGACCCGUCAUUUCCGUAAACACACCGGACACAGACCCUUCCAGUGCCACCUGUGCGAGCGCGCCUUCUCCAGGUCUGACCAUUUGGCGCUUCACAUGAAGAGACACAUGUGAAGGAGCUCAGCAGAGGACUUUGGGGUGUUCACAAAGGGGGGAUUGUAUUAUUUUGUAUUGUGAUUCAGCUGUAUUUUUUUAUUUAAAAUGCUCUCCAUGUGGCCAAAUUCU